AUGGAAACUUUUCAGAUUCUUCAACACAUUACAGAGGACUCCAAAGAUAAAAUGAUCGCAGGUGAAGUUGUGCUGGGAACAUUACCAAAGGUUUCUCAGACUCUAUUUUUAAAUGACCAUAAUAAGCAAUUGAAUCUCUUGUUCUUCAAGAACUCAUUGAGUCAAAAUAUCAAUCUUCCGGGAGUUCAGCAUCAAAAGGUGAAACUACUUGAAAAUGGCUAUCAACAACAAAACCGGGAAAACAUUCUUUGUAUGAUCUUGGGUUUAGGUGUCUGCAGGAAGAUGUGUCUUGUCACUGGAGGACUGGUACCAAAGGAACAGAAUCUGUGCAUGCUCGUAAAAGCUCAUUUGCUAUCUGUGCCUUUGCCUUGCUGUGUAAUGGGUACAGCAUAUCACAAGUAUGACCCAAUCUUUUUUCACUCCAUUGGAAACUCAUCUUGUUUUAGAUGCCUGGAUAGGAUACUCAUUGAUGGAAAUGACAAAGGAAUAUCAAAAAUGUGUUACUCUUCUUGCAAUGGGAGAGAUCAAUCUGGCCCUUUAAGAAUGGAUGACAGUACAUGGUUAAUGUCAGAGAUGCACAAUCCACUGGUUAUAGGACAGUAUGUUGACAACUAA